GGCAGCUGGCUACCUGGCUGGCGGUGCCGCUGCUCAAGGCCUGUCAACACGUCAACGUAUCUGUACGGCGACUGGGCCUCCUAACCGUACUGCACCAUGCCGUACAAAACGAGGAGCAGGACGAGGCCACCACCCAGUCAGCCCCGGUUGCUGCUACUGCUGCAUCUCCGGAAGCCAUUAACGCUGCUGACGUCAAGGACGGCGGCGCUCAGCGCCAGGUCUCCAGCAGCACUCCCGCGGCCUCGCGUCCUGCGCCCUGGUGGGCUGCGCUGCUGGAGGCUGCUGUGGGGGGACCGCUCAUGCAACAGAGCAGCAGCACAUGCACGUCGGGGCAGACGGGGGCGCAGCAUGCACAGCCUGCACGCUGGCUGCUGCAGCAGCUGCUGCCCGUCCUGGAGGCUGAGAAGCUGUCUUGGGAGCACCUGCCC